AUUGUAUGGAGACGUGUGAUGUAUGGAAUUGUGAAGUUACAAGUGGCACUUUGGAAUCGUGAGCCAUGGGAGUACCGAUGGUGAAGAACUGCUGCUGCUGUGGUACAUUACACACGGGAACUCUCAUUAUAGGAUAUGUUUAUAUUGUAUGGUCCCUCCUAGACCUUACCGGGUACUGCCUACUGGUAACCCUUGCCCCCCUGGGCAAGGAGGGGACGGUAUCAGCCCAUCGCUUCGUGCUAUACGUCACAGCUGCUAUAGUCAGCGGGAUUCAUCUAUUGUGCUCUAUUCUUCUUAUUGUGGCUGCGUAUAAGAAACUUCCAUCCCUAACGUUACCAUGGACGAUAGUGACGGGCAUCAUAACAGCGCUGUUCUUCGUCAUGUGCCUCACGGGCCUGAGUCUGAUCCUGCAGGACUCCGGCGAGAUGCUGGAGAUAGAGUCUGUGGUGAUUGCAGUACAUUUUGCGAGAGCUUGCAUUUCUGUGUAUUGCAUAGUGGUAGUGCACAGUCGUCACAAACAGAUCAUGUAUGAAGAGGACGAAAUUCGGUUUCAACAUUCAGCCAGAAUAUACCAGCCUGUGAAAACAUCCGAUCAUCCAAUAUAGAUUUACUUGUAAACAGUUUUUUGGUAUGGCAAUCAGUGAAGUCUAUUUUAGAAGUCAAAAUCAAAUUAAAAUAUGAAUUAAAAUGUACAUAUUCUACAAUGUAGUAUGUAUUCGAAUUUCAAAAAGCGCGCGCAUUCUUCCUUUAUUGUUUUUUUUUAUUUGAAUUAUAAUUCGUUAUACCUAUGUAUAAUGUAGCGUUAAUCUUAAUAACUUUGUUGAAUAAUAUGAGAUUGUUAUGAGAUUACUGUUGUAAUAUAUUGUUUUGGACGAUGACGAGUUGACGAAUAUAACUACUUUAGUCUAUCCAUAAAUACCUUAGAUAAAUACAAUUAAAAAUUACUUGUAAUUGGUUUAAAUGUUUUUUUUUUAAUAAUCAGCGUUGGCGAAUGCGCUGGCCUAUCAUAUGUGUAGAGACUACAUUAAGUACAUUUUAAGCUAUUGAACGUUGUGAUAUUUUAAAAUCAAUUUCUAUGUAAAUAAUAGAUAAUUUAAGUUAGAGGUAUUUUUAUAAUGAACUAUAUGCGAAUAAACGAUUUGUAAGUUCCUUUCUCCAAAAAUUGUACAUACACAUUUAGGUGUAAUAAUAAAAAUUGUGCAUGUAUGUUCUUAAUAAACAAUAUACCUAUCUGUGU